AUGUCAUCAGCCAUCAACAUUGCGCGCCGGCGUUCCCUUCCCGAGCGGUCCAUCCGGGUCCUGGUCUCUCCCACGCCCGUCACAUUUGCUGAGCGACGCUCAGUUUUGCAAGUCUUGGAGCAAUACGGACCUGUCGAGGUCUUCAAGAUGACACCGGGCUACCAUGCAAACUUUGUGUCCGUAACAAAGGAGAUUGCCACAGCAAGCAGACUGGUCGAGUACAGCCCCCUCACCUAUGACGUGCCCGAGAAUCAUAUAAAUACCGACGUAUGCGUGGCCGACCUGGACGACUCGGAAAGUGGCAAUGGCCUCAAAAGCAACCAGCCGUGCAUGACAACUGCACCCGGCCAUCCACCAGGAAAGAGGCAGUUCACGCUUGAAAUCUUUCCGGCACCAACUUACAGACACCACUUCGCCAUGGCCGGAUCGCCACUCUACCAAUCUUGGCCGGCAGCAUAUCGCGAAGACAAGUCGUUCCUGGCCGCCACGCUGAAGCAAUCACUGCCUCAGACCAUGUGUUCAAGCGGCCUGGCACACUGGCUGUUCGACGUGGGAAGCAACAAUGCCUCCAAAUCAGGGCGCAAGGCGGAGCGGCUGCAACUGAAGCGAUGGGUGCCUGGCAAAAUGCAGGACUGA